CCUAUUUUGAGGUUUUUUUUGAAGUCCAUGAACCGGAAUGAGUUGAUCACAUCUCCAAAUAACCAUUCCACAGACACUCUAACUGAACUCAUUUGCUUGUUGAAUUCUUUCAUUCUGUCUGUGAUUACCCCAUGCUGAAAAGGAGAUUGUAGAUGAAUCCUCUGUGGAUAAGCGUGAUCCCCAUAUAUGCAAAAUGGUCUCCCAUCCACAGAAAAAGCAUUUUGUUCCAUGUCUUGAAGGAAGUUUGAGCCAGCCAACAUACCAGCAUCAUGUUUUUUCCUUCUGUAAUAUAGAAAGUAUUUGCCUGAGUUAUAGACUGUUUUUGCUUGUACAAUAUAGUGUGUACAAUAAUAUUUUCAUUUAAAUAAUAUAAGCAUACGGCCAGGGGCGUAACUGUUGGGGGGUGUGGGGGGGUGUGACACCCCCCCCAAUUGCUGAAAACAGUGUUUUUGCAGGGCAUAUUGCCGUCAAGUGGCAGGGCAGUGUUCAGGAAGUAGAAAAAUUGACAUACCAUCGAAAACAACUAAUUGAUUACUAAGUGGAAAUAAUUCGAUCAUGGGAUAAUAUGAGAAGCGUCGGUAAAGAUAAAAAAGGAAAGAUGCAACAGCAUUUCCCUUCCGAAUCCCACAAAAUUGCUUUGAGUGAUUUGGCACACUUUGCAUGCAAUAUGAAAAACGUAGAUGUAAUGUUGGAAAAGAAGUUAAGAGAAGUAAGAAUACAAGAAGAAGAAAACAAUUUGCGAAACCAAGAAGCCAUAAAGAUCCUUUUAGACAUCGCAAGAACAUUGGCACGACAACAGCUAGCUUUCAGAGGGCUUAAUGAAAAGCACGAGGGAAACUUUAUCCAAAUAUCAAAUCUUGUUGCCAGGCAUAACCCUAGACUUCAACAACAUUUGCAGGAAAUGGUUGGACGCAACAUUCCAUACAUCCCAUGUCAAGGCCAUAGCAGAAGUUGUAAACGAGAUUCUAUGUUGCAAGAACAUAUGGAAAAAAUUGAAAAUGCUCUUAAAUUGCGCAAUCUCUCAAAGACGAGAUGGGUGUAUAGAAGUGAAUCAAUUGAAGCGGUAUGGAGAUCUUUUGAAGCCAUACGAAAUGCCUUAGCGGAAAUAGCAAAAAUUGACAACAACUCAUUAACCAGAACCAAAGCAACCUCGCUCUGUAAGAAAAUGGUCAAAUUUGAGUUUGUUUUUGCAGUUAUGUUUAUGAGGUUUAUCAUGAGAAAGACCAAGAUCCUGACAGUACAGAUGCAGAAGCCAGAGCUCAAUAUCCUUGAUGGUCUUCAACUGAUUGAUGAAACUGUUAGAUCACUGGAAAGAAUACGGCACAAUGAAUCGGAAUUGAAUGACCAAAUAGAUGCGAGUGUUGAGUUUGCGAAGACUCUAAGCUCUAAUCCCUAGGAAGAGUUUGCUAGAAAGAGUAAUAAAAGAUCAAGUAGACAGUUGGAUGACAACCAUGAGACUUUGGCAAUUAUGUCACUAAAAACUAACUAUCGAAAGUGCAUGAUUGAGGUCCUCGAUUCCCUCAUCAGAGAAUAUAGAGAUAAC